AUGUGGAGAAUCCUGAGAAACCGUCUGCCAACCUGUGACAACUUGGUGAAAAGGAGGAUUCCACUUGGCGAAGAGGAAGUUUCGUGUAAUGCAUGCUGUCAGAAGGAGGAAUCAGCUCAACAUCUUUUCCUCCGAUGCCCGAAGACAGAAAUGGUGUGGAAUGAAAUCCAAAAAUGGGUGGGAGUUGCCUCAGUUCAACCCGACAACCUCGAAGCACACUUUGAAGCCUUCUCAAACCUUGGGACGAGGAAGAUCAGUUCGAAGUUCCUCUCGGUUCUUUGGGCAUGCACCAUUUGGCUUAUUUGGAAAUGGAGGAAUGAAAAUAGAUUCGAGAUGAAGAAUUGGGAGAUUGAUAAGAUGGUAGGAGGUCUUAAAGCUAGAUUGUGGAGUUGGAGCAAAAUCUUCGACUUGAUGGAGGGCGAAGUUAACUUUCACGAUUGGAUGACAAAAAGCAUCUCUCAUCUUAUUUUGUAA